CAUUAUGCAUUAUUUGAAUUCAAAUUCGCCAAUAGGCUUGCAAGCCAGACCCAUGUCAAGUUCAUAUUAUUUGAAUUCAAAUGCGCCAAUAGGCUGGCAAGCCAGACCCACGUCAAGAUGUUGAAAUUAAAUUUACUGCCGCUAGGGGCGACUAACGUGUAUAAAUACGUUGCGAUCUCGGCGGGAGUUUGAGUUGUUCAAAAUGCACAGGCGACUCUCUGAAAUCCGCAGACAGGUGAACGCAAACUUCGAUCGAGCCAUGGAUCGCAGUACCGAGGAGGCCACAGACGGACUUGUGGAUAGGUUUGCACUGUUUCGAAGGGAGGAAGGAGCAGGACCCGCACAAAGCAGCAGGAGGAGAAGACCACGGAGGACACAACUUUUGAUAAAGGUCUCCGUCCUUAAGCAGGACAUUGCGGUGUACCGCUGUACACAAGAAAUCUUAGUCACCUGCACAGUGGUACUGCAGGACACAAUGUCCCGCGAGGAGUUCCUGCACGCCCUCAGGGAUAAAGUGCCGUACAUGCCAGAGGCCUUCGACCUCUGCAGGCUCAUUGGCCGUAGAUUCAUCGUUCUGGUCGAUGUCUGCCCGAGAGACCUUCGGGGACGUGGCAUGAUGGGCCGGUCCAAUCUGUACAUCCGACCAAAGGUACCUCUGCCACCUGCUGGCCAACCCCAACCUGCCGGCCCAGAAACCCUGCACACCCUGCCCGGCCCUUCUCUACCUCCCAGCACUUCUCCACCUCCCAGCCGUUCUCCACCUCCCAGCCGUUCUCCACCUCCCAGCCGUUCUCCACCUGACAGCAUUUCUCCACCUCCCAGCCCAUUGCAGAAAGGACAGUACAGGCUGGUGGGGCAGAUGAUUGCCGUCUGCCUGGUGCAGGGGCAGGUCUCUCCCAGAUUUUUAUCUGAGCGCCUCUACAGACAGGUGUGUAAUCUGUCCCCUCUUCCUGCCACUUUGGAAGAGGUGACAGAUUACAAUUUGAGGACCAAGCUCCGAAAGGCAAUGUACUGA